UCCGAAGUGUUCGAUCUCCCAAACGGAACUAUCAUUGAUGUUUCCGGCGUCGUGACGUAUGUCGGCCCAGCUGAGGCUGAUUUUUGUGCCCCUAGCGGCAUGAGGGAGAUCGCUAUAGUUGAUAGCGGACACAACACAAUCUUCCUGCGUUUUUUUGGUGAGUCUGCUUAUCUACUCGGCGAUCAACUGUUAUCUGCAGAACAGAACAAUGCAGUUGUUGUGGCCUCCAACAUGGAGGUUGUUCAUCAAUCAAAGUCUCUUGAUAACACCAGUGCCACCACUGUCACAUUUGAGCCAUGCGCAAAAUGCUCUCAGUUUAAUAUUCUCGAAGGUGUUAGGCAAUACGUCCGUGUUGAGACAUCAAUCCGGGAGCACGUGAAAAAAUUGGUCUUAUACAGAAGGGACAUAUAUGAGGGUCAGAUCGAUCUCACUGAAGAACCUCCAUCCAAGACAUCAAAGCUUAAUAAUGGUGGAUCUAAUCGUUCCUCUGUGAAGGAUCUAUUUGGUUACAUGACCCAGGGCGUAAAGAGAUCGACUAUGAUGGAUGAGCUAGAUUAGCUCGAGAGUUCAAAAUAAUAAUAAAUAAAAAGUACAAUGUUCUCUCUUCGUUUAGGGAUGACCUGUUUAAUACAGACUUCAAGUAUCAUGUGUGCCUGA